AUGCCUGGUCCAGCCAUCUCCCCACGACCUGGACACACCGGCAACUCCUACCCGGACUACAAACAGGAGUACUACUCACAGCAACACCAGAAGCAAGAAUACAGUUACGACCCUCCCUUUGCUUAUGACAACCAUACCAACACUGCCAUUUCCACCACCCCAAGAUACCCCUCAUCAUCAUCCACCCCUACUGUAUACAACAACAACAUUAAUCUCAAUCCUAUCAACGACCACCAAUACAGUUACGCUUCUCCUGCCUCCAGUUAUCAUAACAGCAAUAGCAAUAACAACUAUUAUAAUUCUAAUACUGGCAAUAAUACCUCCUCGGCUGCAGCCACAAAAGCAGCAUCAGCAGCACGCCGUAGCCGAGAACUCUCUCAGACAACCCCUACAGCAAGACUCCCAACACCGCAAUUACGACCCAUAUCCUCACCGAACACCAAGAGUCCCCCAGCUGUAGCCUCAGCCAACGUACACUCUCCUGGGGAGCAAGACCCCACUAAUGCCGAGAGUAAACCUAAAGCACCGCCUUCUUACUGCUAUCCACCUCAGCCCUCCUCCCGACCUUCGUCGCCGGACCCUGACGACCAUGGCCCCUUCAUCUCGCGUAUCAAACAGCUGUUCAAGUUCCCGUCCUCGACCUACGGCAAAUCAAUGGUCUUGGUAAUUGCAGUCGAGGCAUUGCUCGUGAUUAUUAUGCAGGCUAUCAUUGUCGGUCUGUACUUCCACAGCCUGGUCGACACGCCAUUGCCGCCACCGACGUCAGGAUUAUAUGCCAACAUAACUAUGCCACCUUAUCUGGACACGAGGAACCAGUCGCGCUCUAUUCCUGCGUACCUCAUUGUCUUCGUCUUUGCACAGCUUUUCCAACUCGUCUUUGCCUGGGACGCA